CAGUUUCAAAGUUACGUGAAGAGACGAGAGCCUUUUAAUCGCCGCUUCCGUGAUGGUGAGACUGUCAAGCAGUGGUGGGAAGCCGUACGAAGAGAUCAGAUGGGCCAGGUUCUCGGCGCACUUGCUGUGAAGAUCUUCUCGGUGUCGGUAAAUUCCAUGGUUGACGAACGAGCUAUGUCGAGCGUUACAUGGUUGAAUUCCAAGUUACGGAGUCGACAAGACAUUUUGACUCUCAAUGACACUAUUAUGAUCCGUGGCUGGCAUAGGUGGAAUCCCCAGGUAUCAGCCACCUUUUACACAGGACUGCGAACUUCGCUGACCACUAUGCGAGUAUAG